CCAGUGUGUACAUUCAGCAGCUGUGCGCUCCUCGGACGCGCUGUGCCAAAAAAAAAAAAAAGCGCAACGUUUAACUUAAGAAGUUUUACCCGACAGAAACCCGACGGUUUUGUGUAUUGCUUAAUUAUCAAAAGGAGAAGUAGCGGCAUUUAAGAAGUUAAAGGAAACCUACAAGGAGUGGAUUUACAGUAGAGAUGGUGUUGUUUUCGGCUGUGUGGCUUUGCAUUCACCUCUUCAUGGCUGUGGAAGGGAACACUGAAUAUCACCCCCACCCACUCAGUGUCUCGGUGCCACAUGCCUCCUACAUUUGCCCGGAAGGUGCCAACGUCACGCUGGUGUGUGAACAGUCUGGCGCUCUGGAUCACCAGAAAGAUCGAAUGCAUCGCGCCUGGCUCUUCACACAACACAUGGACCAGCGGUGUCACAAAAGUCUGCAUGUGAAAGACAGCAGCUCUGUGGUGUACAGUGCCCACGCCAGGUCUUUCAGCAUCACACUGCUGGGUGUGACUCAUGCCAACCAGGGACGCUACUGCUGCAUGGCACUGGACAUCCUGCAGGAAGGCAAGGACAAGCCACACGUGCAGCAGGAGGCACACAGCCACAUGAUGCUCACCAUCACGCCACGUCGCAACGACAGUCUGAAUUGCACGCUGCUGCCAGGGACACCUCCUCCACAAAGUUUAUCAAGUAUGGCUUUAGUAACCAAAGAAUCACUGGCUGCAGGUGCUGCUGUAGCUGUCGUCUUUGUGUCUCUUAUGUGUCUGCCUGUUUUGCUGGUCCUGGUAUACCGCCAAAGACAAAGAACUCGGAGCAACCGACGUGCACAUGAGCUGGUUCGCAUGGACAGUGAGGCUCAAGGCCAUGAAAACCCUGUGUACAUGUCAGGUCCCCUGAAGACUUCGUCUCGCACUUUGGUUCAGAUUCUGACGCGCCAGACAUCCGAUUCUGGGCGUCACCUUCUGUCCGACCCUGGAACCCCCUAUAGCCCAAACCCACAGGGAGACGUGUUUUUCCCUGCACAUGAGCCCAUCCCGGAGGUACCAGACAUCCAGCCGUUGUAGGAUAGAGAGACGCUAUCAUUCCCAGAUCCCAGAAAUGUCCUGUACUUUUCUUCCUGCAUGUCUUCUAUUCCUCCCUCCAUCCUCCAUGCUUUCUCAAAGACUGGGACAACAAGUGAACAACCCUCCACCUUCUCCUUCUACACAUACACUUUCCACCUGUACCAACAGCCAGGGGCCAAGAGGAGUUCAUUUCACUUUGUUGUGGUGAAUGCUUUUUCACAGACAGACUGACAGACAGAUCUCACAGGAAUGUUCCAUGCCCGAGAGGAAAGCGGGUCAGUUUCAGUAGGAGGUGUUGCUCCUCUUACUGAUAAGCAGAAGCACUGAGAGAACACACACUCUCACACGUCCAUUUUUUUUUACAUUUCAUCUCAUCUCCAUCCCGUCGGCCUGAGUGAGUGAUGCUUUUUGUUUAGCACGUGUGUAUGUCAGUGUGUCAGAGAUCAUCAGCUCCUAAUGGGUAUCUUUAAUUUUUUUACGCUGGUAAUAAACAAGCUAUUACGACUGCCAAAGAAAACUCAAGAUGGUCACUUAGCUUUAAUGUACUGAAUAAAUAUUUUUGGGUUGAUGUGAGUUUUUUUAUAUGUAUAUAUAAUAUAUUAUGUAGUGUGAGUAUGAAAGAGAGAGAGAGAGAGAGAGAGAGAGAGAGAGACAGAGAGACAGAGAAAGGGAGAGAGACAAACAGAGAGAGCGAGAGAGAGACAGAAAGACAGAGAGAGAGAGAGAGACACACACACACACACACAAACAGACAGACAGGCAGACAAACACUUACAGAUGGAUCUGAACCAAACUUAAACAAUAAGUGGUUACUGAGAUAUCGUGUGUCUGGUUGGAUAGAUUAUAAAUAUAUGUGUGUGUGUGUGUGUGUGUGUGUUUGUGUGUGAGUGUGGCCAUUAUGUUUUAUAAUGCGAUACAACUGCUGUAAAAAGUGCUGUGUUUGUGUAUUUUGUACAAUAAAACUUAAAAUAAAAAGAAA